AUAAUAUUAAUAGUAUUCACAUUUAUCAAAUGAUAGAUUCUAUGUGGAACUUCAGAACUUCGGAAAUAUUGAUAUGUUCCAGUGUUGAGGAGAGCUAUUUCUUCUUAAUUUUCAUUUUAAAUGGUUACUAUUACAACGAUUUAUCAAAACGCAAUUGCAAAUCGCCUAAAAGAAAACUAUACUAUUAGUAACACGUGUUUCACUAGUUGUUGUCAAAAGUUUAGUAGCAUUUUUUGUCUGUGGUAGUUUGGUGUCGCCGUCCUAUUGCGUACGGAUUUGACAUUUGUAAUUUUGUAUUAUUGAAAAGCUUUGCAAAUGCAACGUUAAUUUCACUAACUUUUAUUCAUUUUCAAUCGGUCGCUUAUAUAUAUUUACCGAUUCAGGUACACAUACAAUCUUUAAAAUGUCGGACGACGAAGUGAUACGGUUUGAAAUCACCGAUUACGAUUUGGAUAAUGAAUUUAACCCACACCGAAGCAGGAAAGCAAAGAAAGAACAACAGAUCUACGGAGUAUGGUCAAAAGACAGUGACGAAGACGAUAAUGAGGACAAUAUUAGGAAGAGAACUCGUAAACCUAAGGACUUCUCUGCACCCAUUGGGUUUGUGGCCGGUGGAGUGCAGCAGGCUGGCAAGAAGAAGGAAGAAAGCAAAGAAUUAGAAUCAUCAGAAGCCUCGACAUCCCGUCCGAAUAUUGUAGACAGUUCAGAUGAAGAAGAACAGGACUCACCAGCUGCAAGCGACACGGCCGGGAUUAGGCGGCAGGGACAAGGCAUGAAGCCCGUCAACCUGGGAGGCAAUGUGGGGACGUGGGAGAAGCACACUAAAGGUAUUGGAGCCAAGCUGCUAUUGCGGAUGGGGUACCAGCCUGGCAAGGGGUUAGGUAAGGACCUGCAGGGUAUCUCGGCUCCUGUAGAGGCUACUGUCAGGAAAGGAAGAGGUGCUAUUGGUGCUUAUGGUCCAGAGAAAGCUGCUUUAAAAGCAAAACAGAAAGAGGAGGAACAGCGUCGUCUGAAAGAGAAAGAAGAUGAAAAAGGUUCCAAAGAGAAGACGUACAACUGGAAGAAGUCCCACAAGGGGCGCUACUUCUACCGCGACGCCGCUGACGUCAUACAAGAGGGUAAACCCACGAUGCAUACUAUUACCAGUAACGAGUUGUCCCGCGUGCCGGUGAUCGACAUGACGGGCAAGCAGAAGCGCGUGCUGAGCGGGUACCACGCGCUGCGGGCGGCCGCGCCGCGCUUCGAGCACGAGCCGCGCCGCGACUGCAAGAACUUCGCCGCGCCGCAGCUCGCCACCAACAUGCAGCUCAUGGUCGACUGCUGCGAACAGGACAUCAUCCAAAACGCUCGCGAGCUUCAAUCAGCGGAAGACGAAAUAGUUGUCUUAGAGAGGGAUCUAGAAGAAUGUAAUAUAAAGCUUGCAGAACAAGACAAAGUGAUCAACAAGGUGCAGAGCAUACUGGAGCGGGUUGAGCUGCUGAACAGACCUGAUGUGUCCCUCGAGAGGGCUCAUGAUGUACUGGCCGAGUUGAAGGACUCAUUCCCAACGGAAUACGAGAUGUUUGGUUUGGGCACUAUAGCUGGUAACAUCGUGAGUCCCCUACUGAGCGCGUUACUCGCGACGUGGGACCCGCUACAGGCGCCCGAAGAGCCGAUACCGACCUUCUUGAAGUGGAGGAAGCUGCUUACCGAGGAGGCCUACAACAGUCUCCUGUGGCAACACUUUGUGCCACAUCUUACUGCGGCCGCCGAGUCCUGGAACCCUCGCGAGCCAGCGGGCAUGCUGCGCGUCGUGCAGUCGUGGCAGGCGGCGGUCCCGGCCUGGCUGCUGCGCUCGGGCGCCACGCGCGCGCUGCUGCCGCGUCUGCUGGCCGCCGUGCGCGCCUGGGACCCCACCGGGGACACGCAGCCGCUGCAUCAAUGGGUGCUCCCGUGGCACGAGCUGGCGGGCCCGGCGCUGUCCAGCUCGGUGUACCCGCUGAUCCGCGGGCGGCUGGCGGCGGCGCUGGCGGCCUGGCACCCGGCGGACGGCUCGGCGCGCGGCGUGCUGGCGGCGUGGCGCGCCGCGUGGGGGCCGGCGCUGGCCGCCAUGCUGCACCAGCACAUCGUGCCCAAGCUCGACCACUGUCUGCAGCACGCGCCGCUGGAGCUCGUCGGCAGGGAGAACACGGCGUGGCUGUGGUGUGUGGAGUGGCUGGAGCUGCUGGGCGCGCCCACAGUGGCGGCCAUCGCGGCGCGCGCGCUGCUGCCGCGCUGGCUGGCCGCGCUGGCCGCCUGGCUCAACACCAACCCGCCGCACGCCACCGUACUCAACUCUUAUACUGACUUCAAGAAAAUGUUCCCGGAAGAAGUGCUCAAAGAGCCGGCAGUCCGCGACGCGUUCCGCAAGGCAUUAGACAUGAUGAACCGCAGCGCAGACCUGGACUCCGUAGAACCGCCCCCACCACCUCGCUUCAUAAUGCCAGAACCCAAGGAAACUUCCAGAAUCGCUGAAGUCAUCGCCACGACCACGCAAGCAAAGAGCUUCUCAGAACUACUCGAGACCAGAUGUAUCGAGAAAGGGAUAACCUUCGUACCAAUUGCAGGGAAGACCAGGGAAGGUAGACCUCUGUACAAGAUCGGUGAACUCCAGUGUUAUGUUAUAAGGAAUGUCAUUAUGUAUUCGAAUGACAGCGGGAGAACGUUCAGCCCGAUCAGCAUGGAUAAGCUACUUAAUUUGGUUGAAGAAUAGAUGUAAUAAAUUAUUUUACUUGUA